AUGCUUGAAAAUCCCACGUCUACAAAGAUACUUCCCUAUAAGUUGUCUAACAGUACCAAAAUAAUAACUGCCAUACCUGAUGAUUUGAUUAUAUUGCGGAAUAAUUGCAUAAAUUCACUGAACUGCUCCUCGUCCAAACUUGACAGGGUCGUUUGUAUAGAUACCUGGCUGAAAUACACCAACGGUUUGUUAACCUACAGAUACGAGGUUGAUAAUGCCGCGGCCCUCAUUGAAGAGGAGAUAGCGAUUGCGUUGAUCAACGUGGCCGUAUUUUAUCAGGACAUCGGAAUUGAAACUUUGCACAGGGCAUAUGAAUCUUCGCAAGCGUCAAAUAACUUAUGGACAACAAGCGGGACUUAUUUGAAGAGAGGCCUAGGCUUAAUCUGCUUUCUCAGGAAGAGCUUUCAAAUAAACACGAUCAAUGAUGGCAGGAAGAUACAGGUUCUCAACCUCAUCAACCAGCUGUCUUUAGAGUUUCAAUUGUUGCAACAGCUAGGGAUUAUCAUUUUAGCACUGUCUAAACUGAGGUCAAAAGUUAGCAAGGAUGCUGUUGCGGAUCUUGAGCCUCAAGAAUUGGAAGAGCUGGGCAAGUCCAGUGUCUUUUACGCUAAGCUUUGUAUUGGAUCAUAUAAUACCGCAUCGCAAUGCCAAGGUGGUCGUAUAGUGGACGUAUUGUUCAUAAAAUAUUUACAGAGUUUGACCUAUCUCUUCCUAUCAAUUAACCAAUACAAUAUUGAUGAGUGCGGGAUUGCCAUCGGGAUGCUCCAAGAAUCGAUCAAAAAACUAUUAAAUAUAGUACCCAACUCACAGCUUAAAGAAUUGGACAUUUUAUCCUCAACCGAUACUACAAAGAAGAGGGAUCUGAUAAAGAUGUCGUUUAAAAGGAAAUUACAUGGGUCCACUUUGAAAAAUCAACGUAUGUUUGAAAAGAAAGUACCAUUUUCAUCCAAGGCGUGUAUGAUGCCGUUGCUGAAGUCUUCAUUGGAUGACUUCAUUAUCCCACUGACGGUAUUACUAAGAUACAGAUACCAGAGGACCAAUGAGAAUUAUUCGUUCAAACCAGUUGAAACCGACGUUGCAAAAUUGAAUGAGCUUUUCCCCAGAGGAAGAUCAUCUGAUAUUGAAGGUACUGUGUGGAGUUUCCAAGGUGGACACCUUACAUUUGAAAACUCGAACGACGCAACCCAUAAUUGCGGUGAUUAUUUUUGA